GGCAACAAACGACGACGCUGCAGGAGCGAAAGUGCUUUACCAACUCGUACCCAAACAUGGACCAAAACGGAAAGUUAUCGUUUGCAGAAUUUAACCAAAAACUUCUAAAAUAUAUUUCAAACAGUGUUCAUUGCGAUGCGCAAGAGAAAGACAUUAUUUCGCGCUUUAAAAAACUGGUCGAACAGAGAGAUGCCUGCCUUGCACAACUGCAUAAGAAGAAAGAACUGGAACUGGUGUACUCGGAGGAUAUUAAAGGUUUGCAACAGCAGCACGCGAAAGCAGUCGAAGUGUUGGAAGGUAUAGAAAAGAAAUGCAACCUUCUUGCGCUAGAGCAGCUGUCGAUUGAUGGCGCACAGCUGCCGCUGAAAGAAUCGACAGAACAGAAUAAACCGCAAGGAUCGACUGAUCCAUCACACCAAAUGAAUGAAAUGUUGCUUAACCGAUUUUUGCGUAAAUAUUGCAAUUUAUACGUGCAGUUCAACGCUUGCGGCAGUGGAAUUCGUGUCCUAUCGUUAGCCGACAAUCAAUAUUACGAGUUUUGUUUGAACGACACCACAAAUGUUGCAGAAUUGAGAGAACACAUCUGGUCCAACUUAGCUGCCUCUAGUGGGCAUUUGAAUUCGUGGGAGAGUCUAUUGUAGUUUGUUCUGAUUUUUUUUUUAAUAAUAGACUAAGUUUCAAUGCGUGUCUUAGCAGUAAGUGACGAUACAUCGAAAAUGGACGCAGACUAGCACAUUAUUGAAAUGAACAGUUAAUUUUUUGCCGAAAAAAUAUCAAUUACAUUUUGACUUGUCUAGAAAAUUGCUCCUGAAUUGAUUGUUUUGCGAUGUAUUAUGUGCUGGCAGCUCGUCCCAUCACUGCAUUAUACUCUUCAAAGAAUCGAUAACAAAUUUGGUUAUGAAGACGCGAAUGAAUAGCUGUGCGGUCACUUCGGGCUGCAGAAGGACGGUACUAAAAGGAAUCAAUCUCUGGUUGAUAUCAUGGGUCUGUUUUGUGCAUGGUACGGAAUCCGUGCUUAGAAACAAGUAAGCAUGUUAAUACUCUGGUACAAAUCAUCGCUUUAAAAAGAAAUAUUAAUGCAUCUGAAACAUAGUUCAUUGCUUUUUUACAACUAAUUAUACUAUAAGAAUAUACUUCAAGUUAGAGCUUUCUU